UUCUCCUCGGUUCUCCCCUUUUCUGCCUGCACAAAAGGGAUGAUAUUAUUAUCGGACCCCCCUGUAUAUAGGUGGGGUGACGACGCGUACGACUACGCUCCUGAAGCUUAGAAGUCCGUGACGGCCUGUGAUGACGAUGGACAGACGGGCGGAUGGCUGGUUGCCGUUCGUUGCCUACAUGCGUAGGUGUGUGCUGCUCCGGGUUAGAGAUUCUUUCGGACGCUCUCAUAUAUGAUACGAUAGUAUCGAUGAUCGCGCGUGUCGAACGAGCCAUUACGCUGCCACUACUCGCGCGUCAGCGUCAGCAGCGUGUAGAAUAACGGAGUGUGCGCGAGUGCAUUCGUCCGUGUGCGCCUUGUCUCGGAGCUGUGCGUGGAGGCGGAUACAUGUCAACCAACGGGAGCGAGCGUGGCUCUCUCUGCCACACCGCAUGUAUAAUACGUAUCUCUGUAUGCGUUUAUGUAAAUGUGAACGAGCGUGACAGCUUGGGGUUGUCAGUAAAUGCAUGCGUCGCCUUAAUCCAUUCAAGUGAUUGAAGUGUAUAUUCGUACCUAUUGGUUGAGAUACGAGCAAAGGACGGAUAUCGUAGAGAAAAAAGUAGUGGUGAGGGUAUGUGUUCAGUUAGACUUGGUUCAUCGCGAGCGGUUCAGUUGAGCAAUCGAAUCCCGAGUCGGUACACACGCGUGAGCAAGCGAACGACUGGGAGUGGGGGAAAAUUCAUCGAUAAGGAUGUAGAAAGGGAUCCGAGGUGGGGGUGGGAGACAUUACGAAAGGAUCAUCGCGAAACACAUUUACGCGGAUGAGCUUGUCGAUAAUUUGGUGCUUUUAAUCUUUGUUUGCUUCUCCGUGCAGCGAUAUCGUCGUCGCCAUCAUCGUCAUUAUUACCGUCAUCGUCAUCGUCAUCGUUGCCGUCAUCAUUGUUGUUGUCACAGCCGCGUUAUUCUCCCGGUCGGUAAAGGCUCUCCCAGAUUGCGUAGCGACCGCGUACUCGAUGACAUGACACGCGCAUCGGUGCACGCGACUCCAAGAAACGAUGCUCCAAGCUUCCCGGGCACCGAGUGCAAGAACGAAGCCAAGUGUAAAGCUGGGAAAUAUACACGCGCGUGUAUAUAUAUCUAUUUGCGAAAAUUUACGCGAAUGCAAGAGUGAACUCGGACGGGCUACUGCAUUACUACGUCGACGUGUGUAUGCGCGCACGCGCGCCGAUGCAUUUGUGCAUGCGUGCAUACACGUGCGUGCGCGCGCACCGCCUCCUGGUUCGGCUUUGUAUGUGUAUUGGUGAUUAUUUCUCUCUCUCUCUCUCUCUCUCUCUCUCUCUCUCUUUCUCCCUCAUUCCUGGCACGGCAGAGCCCACGCUGGAUAGGAAGCGAGCGCGUGUAAAGCAGUUGGUCGCAUGUUACGAGCAUCCCUACCUGCCCUAGGAGUUUUACUAUAUCGUCUCUCGUCUAUUUAUACGAUGAUCAUAUACGCGGCUCUGUUUCUGUUCCCUCCACUCUUCCCGCGCGCAUCUUGCGUUUUUCUUCCUCCAUCGUUCUCUCUCUUUCUUCCUCCUCUUCCUCUCUUUGGCAUGCAUUAAUUUCUUUCCCCCCACUCCUUCGUCUCUCUGGUAUAUCGGUAUUCCUUUCUUUUUCCCCCACUUCUCGUGCUCACUUACCUCCCACCUCCAUUCGGAUACACACACGCACACUUUUGCUUUCUUCUACAUCUUCUCCUCUUUCCCGCUUCCUCGCUUUUCCCCUCCUCGUGAGAGCACAUCUUUCUCUUUCUCCUUCACCUCCACUUCCACUUUCCGUCUUUUUGCCCCCGUAACGAGUUACAUCCACAAGUUGGUCGAGUCCGAGCAGAGUCGUGUCUCGGCGAUUCUAUUCCCCCCUCUCUCUCUUGCUCUCUUUUAUUUUUUGUCUCACGGAGCUCUUUUCGCCGUUGUACUCUUACGUACACGCGGAAUGCGCCGCCAGGAAUUCUCUCUCACAAUGGAUUUAUCGUGUUAGUGAAAGCGGCUUGAGCGUGUGUGUGUGUGUGUGUUUUCCCCGGCAGUCUCCCGAGAAGAACGGACGGACGAACGGAGGAGUGAGCGAACAAUAGUUGGAGGGAACGUGUGCGCGCGGGACUUGACUCCGAGAGCGAAAGCGCCCAGCGACCAGCAACCAUCGCCGAGUCCGAGUCGAGUCGAAUCAAGAUGGAGCUGCUAAACGCGUCGAGACCGCACGGAUCCAACACUACGUUUCUUCCUUAACGCCGACACUCGCUUCGUUCCCGCCGCCUAAAAGUCCUCUACAUUCUCGCCGGUGUAUUAUAAUUUUACAAUCUCGAAGAAACGACGCGCGAGGACGUUUAUGCGCCGUCAAUUCGGAUGGUUUUUGAUGAUUCUGUCUUUGGGCUAUCUUUACGCCGAAUACCCCGCAGUUUCAUCAUCAAAGUGCCAUUGUGUUUCGUUUUGCAUCUUCGCAGACUGGUACACAGCAGUGUGAUGGUUCACUCGAGUGCGUCGGCGAUUACGCUCUCUUUCUCGCUCUCACAUUGUGGGUGUAUGUAUGUAUGUGCACGGUAAUGCUUUUGCACGAUGCGAUUGAUCACGCUGCGGCGAGACCGUCGUCAUCGUCUAAAUGGAAAGUGCACUCGUGGUGUACGGGAUGCAAUUGAGCGAUGAAAUGGUGGUGCUCCUCUCCACGCUGAACGCCACGCCAGUUGUGGGCGGAUUUACCGAUCUGGAAUUGUCAGCUUGCUCUGUCAUUUUCGACGUUGCCCCAGACGAUGAGAUAUUCAGCGGAGACGCGAAACAAUUAAAGAGGAGACGACGACGACGACGAGUGUUUGCCUAAAAAGAGAAUUUUCGGAGGAGGAUGCUCGGCAGUUGGGGCUGGAAAGAAGAAUUGGAGUUGGGAGUGGGUACGACAGCCACGUUGCAAGAGAAACAGAGAAGAGAGAGCCCAGACUCGACGCAUCCUGUUCCUGACAGCCGGGUGCUGAGGUAUGCACCCAGCCGGUGUCACCACCCUCCCAACUCGCCACAUUUCAGCACGCAGCCUCCUCUCGACUGUACGGACUCGUGAGGUGGCCAAAAUGCUGACUGCUCACCCUGAGAUGCACGAGAAGCGGGACAGCCUCGGUGGCGGACAAUAUGGAGCAGGCGGGGGUGGUGGCGGCGCUUCGAUUGAAGAGAAAUCUAUUCCGGAACAACCCCCCCCGCCUCCUGUACCGCCGCAACGAGACCCGUCGGACCCAACUAUCAGCGCUAAAAAGCUUCCGAAGAAACGAAAGUUCGAUCCAUCCGAACUCGAGGAGAUGGACAAGACAAGUAAUGUCACCAGCAACAUCACCAGCAACAUGAUUAACAUACGCGCACCGGCAAUGCCGCUUGGCAACCAAUCGGCUGCUUUAGGUCAACAAUCGAGCUUACCACCUAUUAUCAACCGGCAAUCACCACAUGAGCCCGAUUGUUAUCAGGUAUCCUCACCUCAUUCGGUAGUAGUGUUAGGUGCUCCUCAAAGCAUAGCGGUAGAUUAUUCUCUUCGUGAGGAACCUUUACGGUCUCGUCCUCGACUUGCUAUUGAUCUCAGUGAAUGGCGCGACCAUAGAGUGUUAGCUUUAAAGGAUUCAUAUUAUUAUCCGGGUGUUAUACGUAAUGUUGUUCACGGUGAGAUUUUCAUCGAGUUCGAUGGCGAGAGGAAAUUGGUGCGUUAUAGUGACGUUCUGGGCGGGAGACGAUAUGACGUGAUAGGCGAUGCAAGCCCGUCCUUGGGACAGGUGACUUUGGAUACGAAGGUUUGCAUCAGGUGUCCGAUCGCGAAUAGUCACGUGGACGUGACCAAAGUGUUUGUAAAAGGGACAGUGUGCAAGAUAUUAACGAAGCCUAAUCGUUUUGUUGUAAAAAUAUCGCGGGAAGACGAUCAGAGUGAAAGCUAUGUUGUGAAACGUGCGGAUCUGCGGCUAGUACAACCUCCAUGGGCCGACGAGUUGGAGGAGGGUCUAGAAGAUUGCGAUCCUUCGAGGGUUGAGACGAUUGAUCAUGGAUAUCGCAAUACCACGGAAGCUCCAACAGCAGUGCCAAUUUUGCUCCAUCAUACUUCUCAUCACACGUCGCAUAUGUCAACUCAUAACGACACGAGUUAUUAUAGAACCACCGGUACCAGCCCCCUCAUGACUUUAGGCACUUCUGCACAUUCUGCCACGGCGUUAAGCAACGGCAGCCGGCCGUACGACGAUUUAGAAAGCGAGGAUGAUUUAGAUAGAGAAGACAUUACAUUUCCCUCGGACGCAGAUGCAAAAUUGUCAGGAAGCAGCAAAAGAAGCAGUAUGCAAAGUCGGGGAAGUACCAGUAGCCUAGUUGAACAACGUAGUAUAACGCCUCGUUCUCAGGCAGCCACACCCAGAUCUCAGGCGGCAACGCCACAUAGGUAUAAAAAGGGUGAUGUAGUGGUUACACCAAGCGGAAUUAGAAAGAAAUUUAAUGGGAAACAAUGGCGUAGGCUCUGCAGUAAGAAGGAAUGUAAUAAAGAGAGCCAACGAAGAGGAUAUUGUUCCCGUCAUCUUAGUUUAAAAGGAUCUGGUCUUAGAGGUCCGACAAACACAUUUCCUGGUAGUAAAAUGGAUGGUGAAGAGACGUCGAGAGAUUCUGAUACUUCGCCAAACUAUGGUGACAGAAGAAUAGCUGGUAGAUUUGAUCAAGAUGAAACUGAAGCUGCUAAUAUGCUGGUGUCUUUAGGAAGCUCCAGAUCGGCUACGCCAGCUUUCUCGUCACCAACAGGCCAGUCUUCUAUAUCUCCGUGCAUAAAUCAGUCACCAGUGCCACCAUUGGGACUCAAUCAGAAUGUGUUUAUGCCUAUCUCGAGUCCAGCUCAUCAUGCGACUCCACUGAUUUCACCUGGCGCUAAAUGGAAGCAUUCGCCCACGCAGUCGAACUUUUUAGUUCAAUAUCCACAACAAGUGAUAAAACCCGAACCGAAUCGAGUAGUCAGAUCGAAUCGAGCAGCUCCCGUCCCCACCAGUAUAGGAACGAGUGUGAUAAGAAUCUCUCCUGUAAAUCGCAGCAUGCAACCAGGACAGAAUCUGGCUCUGUCAUGGUCAGAGCAGAGCCCACCGCCGACGAGACAUCCCUCGGUGGUGACGUCAACGAUCGCUCAACAGCAACAACAGAGCAUAAUCUUACAGCAUGCGCUAACGUCAAGCGCCAACGAUUUUCACGCCAAUCAUGCCGAGAUGCCUGAACAAAGUCCGCAAUUGAUAAAACACUCACCGCAUUCGCCUCAUAUGCCUCUAUCCGCCACUCCUAUGCCGCAAAAUUUGACGCUUAUACACAACAAACCGCUGGAGCAGCCGGUCGAUUACGCACAACCGCCGCCCCAGGGCCCGCCGAUCUAUGUAAUGCAGCACGAGAAAAAGUAUCUUGUAAUAAAGAACAGCAUGGACAUGUCAGCAGCGUCGACGGGUACGCACAUGAGCAAUCAGGAUGACAAAUAUCGGCAGAGUUUGAUACCAUUGAACCAUUUAGGUCAACUGUCGACACCUACGUUGCAUCAAAUGCAGUGUCAACAGCCACCUCAAUCACCCGCUGUUUCAUCCGUCCACAUUGACAAACUGUCCGUUCUGCAACCUAUGAAUAAAGUGGGCGCGCAUACAACCGUGCAUAUGGACAUGCAGAGAAGUCAACCGCCACCUACCAGUGCUGUAAUGACUACCUCUACCACCGAGACAUCUAUUAAUCCAUCUACUCCGACGAGUGUCUUCCAGCAUGUAAUUGUUCAGCAGACUCCAAAGACGCAACCCGCCAGAGAGGAGAAUGCGAAAAACAAUGGUAUCCUCUAUGGCAGCCAUGAAGUUCCUCCUGCAUACCAGCCCCAUACCCCAUCAUUACUGAACAAUGCAGCGCACAGCUGGAAGCUUAAAAAAGCUUUUUCCUGGCAGACGGCAGUUUUGGAACAGUCAGAGGUGAGCCCUCCUCCCUCCGCUCUCAGCCCACCUUUAAGUGCACCUCCGAUUCCAAUCGGUAUGAGCACACCUGCUGAAGACGGCCCUGGCCCUGGUUCAGAUCCUAUAACACCUGCUGAAGAGGAAGACGAUGACGUUUUUGAAACGGAACCGACCCCAACCGCGGAAGUGGAAGCCAAUGCUAAUAAGAGACGCAGUCAAUCACUCAGUGCUUUGCAAUCACAGACUCCGCUGAAAGCUAAAGAGAGAAUACGACGGCCCAUGAACGCUUUUAUGAUUUUUUCGAAACGACAUCGCGCCCUCGUACAUCAACGUCAUCCGAAUCAAGAUAAUCGCACAGUGUCGAAGAUACUGGGAGAGUGGUGGUAUGCGUUGGGACCAGAAGAGAAACAAAAAUAUCACGAGCUCGCCUCGGAAGUGAAGGAAGCGCAUUUUAAGGCGCAUCCGGACUGGAAGUGGUGUAGCAAGGAUAGACGGAAAUCGUCGACGACUAGCUUCAAAGGAAACGAAGUCGGAAGGACAAAAUUAAAUAGUACAGGGGAGGAAACGGAUCCUCUUCAGGGUUCUUCCUCGGAUGAUCCAUUGGCGCUCACGUCCGCCGAUGAAGUAUCUACUCCGAUCACUAAUACAUUUAACGAAGUUCCCACUAACAUUGAGAUUAUGAAUCAGUCGCAUACACAACAUCGAAUUUCGGAAAUUUCUCUGCAAGUUGAAAACGCCGAAGUCGACAUGAAGCAAGACGACGAUGCAAAUGGGUCGGACGACGAUCAGAUGGUGAUUUGCGAAGAUCCCCAACCGGAAAUAGAUUUAAAGUGCAAGGAUAAAUUAACAGACAGUGAUAAUGACGUGCAAGAUAACGAGGACGCGGAGAAGAAGUGUUUCAAUCAAUCGCGAUUCUCGCCUGUGAGCGGUCAAAAGAGGGAAGUGAUCAACGUUAAACAGGAAAUAACCUGCAGACCUAAGCCGAUAAAAGCACGGAUACCCUCAACAAGUAUAGAGUCUACAACAAAAUAUCAUCAUACUUCCAUGGAUAAAGGCGGUACUGUAUCAGUUUUGUCGAGUACGUAUCCUUACCACAGUCCUGUCAAUCCAACAGGAGUGUCAGGGUUCCAACCUACCGGUGGUGCUUUCAUAACUAUGCCAAUAUCGCCAAAAGUUAUUAAGCCAGAACCGGUAAAAAGUGAACAGCAGUACAGCACUCAGUACAGCGUAAAUAAUCUUGUAAGCAUCCACACUGAGAACGGACGAAACGUACCUAAAUUUACAGCAGCUCCGGUAUUACAUACCAUUGGAUCGAAACCAGUGAUGGCGCUGUUGAAACAACAGCAGCCGUUGCAGUCUUUAGGCACUACUCUUCGCCCCCUUACUUCAACUAUCCCUCAUCAACCACCGUUCACUCUAACAUUGCUCGAUAACGAUUUGGUGGCUGUUUCCAAACCGCAGCAGGGAUCGCAGCAGUACCUUAAUCCAACACCGUCACACUCCAGCAUGUACGGUGGAUUUCAGAUACCUAUCACUGAUGCUGGUAGUCGCAACAACUCUAUACCCGUGCAAAAUUUAGUUUCUAAUAACAAGAUGGAGAUUCAAAGUGUGAUUGUGAGCAAGUCUUACCCUGUCUCGACAAAUUCCACCACGUCAACUUAUGGCCGAGCGACCGGCCAUUCCAUUGCUCGCCUCGCCGGAUCCGAAAAUAAUGAUAAUCAGCAGACUAUUACGAAUCACGCUCAGUUUUACGUCAGUAACAUAAAAACAGAGGACAACAAGGAAACCGUAAAUAUUGUUCUUCCCGCGACAAAUGAGAAACAUAAGCAACCGUCGACACCUCACACUCCGCAUGCAUCUCAAAGUAAUCAUGGAAGCAGUGAAUUGCCAUCGAAUAAGUCAUACACGUUCGACGAAAGCCAAGGCAAUGAUAUGGGGCCAAAUAAAGGCCCGUUCAUGCUUGCUCCGACUCCAGCACAACUCGGUCGAGCACCACUACAAAGGAGACAAUCAAUGGCAAUGCCUUCCGCAUCAACUACAGGAGACCACGGGCCAAUAACAACAUCUCAACAUUGCGAUAAUCGACCACAAACUAAUAUAUCUCAAACAAUAGAACAGAAUAUAACUGAGUCUCAUACUUCUCCUUCUCCUUCUACCAAGAAAGGCUCCUUUUUUAAGAAAAACGUAGAGGAUGGUAUGGACAGAGUUCUUGAACAAGUGAACUUUCAAGAAAAGUUCUCAUCGUUGCCAGAAUUCAAACCAGAGGAUAUACAGAGCCCGAGUGCGAUCAAUAUGAACAAUCCAAGUUCAUCUGGCCAUAGCAGUGUAGCUUCUGGAUUACAUUCACAAACAUCUAUGCAGAUGCCAGGUUAUCGAAAGAAAUCUGCACAAUCUGGACCUCAUAGGCCCACAAUGAAUGAGGAUGAAAUGGACUCGGACACAUCGAUAUCAGCCACUCCAAAAUCCACUUCGAGCGUCAAACUAACCGGUAACACAUUUUUCGGUCCGGAUUUCAAUGUUGACGUUUAUAGAGCCAACAACGAUUUAUUGGACGUCGAUGCCAGUUCUCCGCGAACGCCAAAAACUCCGGGAGGCGGUGGUGGAAGUGCUGUAGGAAUCGGUAGAAGCGACAACGAGCGUGGUCAUAGAAAGACAUUGGAGCAACGGAGACAUCUGGUCAUGCAGUUGUUUCAGGAACACGGUUACUUUCCAUCCACGCAAGCCACUUCCUCAUUUCAAGCUAAGCAUGCGGAUAUAUUUCCUACUAAGACGAGCUUGCAAUUAAAGAUUCGAGAGGUUCGGCAAAAAUUGAAAGCCAAUUCAACUCCGAGUGCUAAUAAUCUCGUUAGUCCAUCGCCAAUCUCAGAAUCCUCCCCUAUCAUAACUGGUCCAACUGCUCCUCCAACGUCGAUGGGAGCUCCACAUUCACUGCCUGUAAGCAGUAGUAGUGGUAGCUAGCACCCACAUGCCAACUGUGAUACUAUGCAUCCCCUUACUCCGCAACAUGAAUACAUUAUUAUCCUUUGAAGAGCUAAAUAUUUACUAGAAAAGUCGUUACAGUCGUGCAUACUCUCUUCGGGAUUUGUAAAGUACUGCAAAAGGCUUUAGUGCAAUUUUAGAUUUUGAUGAAGCCCUGCUGCGGGCUUGAUUUAACGGGCAUGCUGAGACGUGAUUGAUAUACAAGUGAUUUUAUAUAUAAUACCGAGAUAUGUGUGUGUAACAUUGUUAUAUAAUUAUUUAUAACUAUUUAUCGAGAUAUCAAUUGCUCUUGACCGAUAAGGAAGGGAAGAGAAUUGCAAACGUUCAAUAGCUAAUAGUUUGCAAUAUUUUGAUUUUGUUUAAAUUUGGCUUGAGAUGCGAGUCUUUAAAAAUAAUAAUAUGCAAAAUAUAGAUAAUGUGCACAUAAACAUGUGUUGAUCGUUCGUCUGAUCUACUAGACAAGAAUUUUAUUCUUUGAAACGAAGAAAGACAAUAUUGCAUUACAAUAUAAAUCUGUGGAUUGUUUAUAAAGAAAAUAAGAAUAAGAAAUAUAUAUGACGUUAUAUAUUUUAUUAUAUUAAGAAAUUGCAAUUCGCAUUUCACAUGAAAUUCUUAAAAUUGAUAUUUGUAUAUCAACACGUCUUGCGUGAUUCAAGAAGGGCCUAAGCCAUUGUUAAAUAUUGUUGAAAAUAUGAAAUAAAAUUCAUAAAGGAAAGAGAAACACGCAGAAUGAGAGAGAAAGAGAGAGACAGAAGAUUGGAACUGGAAGCAUUAUGGAACGUAGAAUUAAUGGAACAUUAUAAAAUAAAAUCAGAGUUUAUAUACUUUAGUUAUACUUUACAUAUACAUAUAUAUAUUUACAUAUAUGUAUGUAUACAUGUAUGUACAUGUAUAUAUUAUAUAGGUCGAAAAAACUCUCUCUAUAGAAUGAAAAAACUAUGAUAAACUGCACAAAAUUUAUGUAAUACAUCAUUCAUCUCAGAGAGAUGUUUAUUUCAUAUGUAAAUAUUACGAAAAUAUCUUGAAACAGAAAAUAUGUAAACAGUUGUAAAAUAUCUACAAUUCUCUAUCUGAAGAACUGUAAGAGCACUGUAUUCUUGAACCAUGUAUAUUAUAAUACAGGAGAUAAAAAUCGUGCCAUUGUGCGGUGACAAAGCGAAGGGAAUGCAUGCACUAUAAUUCCCUCAGCGAAAGAGAGAAUGAUUGUUAGAUAAAAAUUCUUGAUAUAGAUAAUAUGUAAUAUGUUUCCAACAUUAUUGAAAGUACUUAUACUACUGUUUUUUUAGAGCUUUGCUGAAAUUCAACGCGUUAAUCUAUAUUUUAUAGGUGUUUUAAAAACGGUCUUUUCUUUUUUUUUCCUGAAUUUUUUUUUUAUCUUUUUUUUAAUUUUUAUUUCUUUUCUUUUUUGGCCUUAGAUUUAAGUGCUUUUAUAAAGCAGGCCGUAUUUUUUUUUUCCCUUUUUUUUUCGGCCGUGACAAAUACACAUUUUAUUAUUAUUUUUAUUGUAUGCAUCAAGUACUUAACACAUAUAUGAAGAGAGAAGAUGUACUCGUUAGAAUUGAAAUGUCGUUAUCAAUUUUUAGUAUGACAAUUAUUAUACAAUUAUUAACAGUAGCAAUGUACUAAGAAAAAAAUCGUGUGCAUUUUUAUGAAAAUAUAAAUAUUUAUACUGUUUAUAAAUUUGUACAUUACGUUGAAUGGAAUCGUUGGAAUGUUGUUAUAUCAUAUAUAUUUUUUAAUUGAUUUAUAUUCUUUAUUACACGCAAAAAAGUAUAUCGUGUCAGUUUUAACAUCCUCUUUUAGUGAUCCAACGUUUCCACUUUUUUUUUUAUGUUAAAUCUCAAAGAAUUAUCGUGUCGAAUUUUAGCAAAGAUUGUUGAAUUUGGCUGUAAAAUAGAUUAUGUAAUUAGUGAUAUAAAAAAAAGCGCACCUUGACAGGUCUCGAUAAGUCUCGCGCCACGGCACGUAUACUGUAGUUAGAAUAUGAGAUACAUGUCUAUUCUACAUAUUUUGUAAAUAGAAUAUAUAUAUAUAUAUAUAUAUAUAAUGUGCUAACUUUAUAUAUAAGUAUAUACAUAUUUAUUUAUAUAUAAAUUUAGCAUAAAAUAUUUAGUAUAAAAUGGAGAUGAUAGAGAGAAUAUAUGCUAUUGUAAUUUGUAGAAUUAUAUAUAUAUAUAUAUAUAUAUAUAUAUAUAAUUAUACAUAAAAAAGCGCAGGCAGGAUUAAGUUUAGGAUAAUUGCAGAUUAUGGGCCUUUAUCUGUAGUGAACUCUUGUGCUCGGGACGGUCCUCCCACCCUUCUCCAAAGUUAAUCCUUUCCUACAAAGCGUUAGGAUAUAUUAUUGUUUGUAUAUAAUAUAAUUAUAUUAUAAUCCUCUUAUCUUUCGUUUCUUGAUUUAUUAUUUUUUAUCAAAUGUUAAGUGCACUAGUGGCAAACGGUAGAAUAGGAAGAGGGAAACUUAAAGCCUGGAUUGAUCCUGUUUGUAGUGCUUUCGUCAAAUUCUAACAUGUAAUUAAUGUCUCUAUUCUGUCAAUGUGUGAGAAUUCUCUUCAGAUUUAUAAUGCAAGCCAUUUUAAAACGGUUUUUAUAAUUGCGUAGCAAUCAAAGGAUAUUGUAUAAUUGUGAAAAUAUUCUAGAAUUACGUGUCAUUUAUGUCGCGUGAAAUACGUGCGAAAUCGUUUUUAUUUUAUUCAGCUGAAUUUAAUAAAAUACUCCAACAUGAAAUUCGCAGAAUCUUUUAAGAGAAAGAUAUUUUAUCACAAAAUAUAUUUUAAAUAUGAAUGCUCAAGUGUGCGUGUGCGCUUACGCGUGUGUGUGUGUGUGUAUGUGUAUGUGUGUCUCGCUCUUACUAUAUAUUUGUAUGAUACGUGUUUACAAGAUCUGUUCUAUGCAGAAUCUAACAAAUUUUGUCAAAUAUACCUAUCUGUCCGCAAUUAUUUACAAACUUCAAGCGCUUAUCUAUAUAUGUUUCAUUCUUCGUAAAGAAACGAUAAAUGUGUUUGAGACACGCAUACACAUCAUUCUUAGUUCUAGAUGAAACAGGAUCUAAACAGGGUUUGAAUAUCUCUCGCACUAGCCCAUUUCAAAGAAUUAAUUAAAAAAAAAAUAUAUUAUAUUUUGUACUUGCGUAAACUAGCGAACUACUUUCCAGUAUUUAUAAGAUUCUUGAGAAAGCUUUGAUAUAUCUUCUUCCCCCUUCAUUUCACAUGGUGAUGAAAUACGUUCCGUGAUUUAGCAGCCAUGAAUGUGACUGUGAUCUAGAAAAAAAAACAGAAGUAAAGUAAAAGUGGCAGCUA